AUGGAUUGGCAAGGACAGAAGCACUCGGAAUUUUUGAUGCAGAUUUUGCUCGUAGUGUUCGCGGUUGUUGCUUUCGCGGUCGGAUAUGCUAUCGAAUCCUUCCAGAUGAUGAUGCUUAUCUAUGCCUCUGGAGUUUUCCUGACUGCAUUGAUUACGGUGCCCAAUUGGCCCUUUUUCAAUCGCCACCCGCUGAAAUGGUUGGACCCGAGCGAGGCUGAUCGCCACCCGAAGCCACAGGCCACCGCUGCGGCUUCAAAGAAGAAGGCAUCCAAGCAAAAGUA